UUAAUGAUGAUUUUAAAAUCUUUUAUACCAGGGAAUCUAAUAUCCUUAUACAUGACGAUAAUCAAUUCGGUCGUUAUGGUCGGACUCUAUUAUGGAUUUCUGACCACACUAUCCAUAGGUCCCUCUUAUAUCUUCCUUCUACGAGCUCGGUUUAUGGAAGAAGGAGAAGAAGGAACCGAGAAGAGAGUAUCAGCAACAACUGGGUUUAUUGCAGGCCAGCUCAUGAUGUUCAUAUCAAUCUACUAUGUACCUCUGCAUUUAGCAUUGGGUAAACCUCAUACAAUAACUGUCCUAGCUCUACCGUAUCUUUUGUUUCAUUUCUUCUGGAACAAUCACAAAGACUUUUUUGAUCAUAGACGUCCUACCAGAAAUUCAAUGCGUAAUCUUAGCAUUCAAUGUGUAUUCCUGAAUAAUCUCAUUAUUCAAUUAUUCAACCAUUUCAUUUUACCAAGUUCAAUGUUAGCCAGAUUAGUCAACAUCUAUAUGUUUCGAUGCAACAACAAUAUGUUAUUUGUAACAAGUAGUUUUGUUGGUUGGUUAAUUGGUCAUAUUUUAUUGAUGAAAUGGGUUGGGUUGGUAUUAGUCUGGAUACAACAAAAUAAUUUAAUUAGGUCUAAUGUACUUAUUCGAUCUAAUAAGUAUCUUGUAUCAGAAUUUAGAAAUUCUAUGGCUCGAAUCUUUAGUAUUCUGUUAUUUAUUACCUGUGUUUACUAUUUAGGCAGAAUACCGUCACCCAUUCUAACUAAGAAACUGAAAGGAAUUUCCGAACCGGAAGAAGUGGGGGAAAGUGAGGAAGAAAGAAACAUAGAAAUAGAAACUAUUUCCGAGGGGGGAGGGGCUAACCAGAAACAGGGGACCGAAGAAAAUACUUCUUCUUCCCUUUUUUCGGAGGAAGAGGUGGAUCCGAGCAAAAUCGACGAAACAGAAAAGCUACGAGUGACUGGAAAGAAAAAAAAAAAAUAAAGGGCGAAUUCCACUUUCGUUUUAAAGAGACAUACUAUAAAAAUAGACCGGUUUAUGAAACUUCUUAUCUGGAUGGGAAUCAAGAAAGUUCGAAGUUAGAAAUAUUAAAAAAAAAAGAA